AUGGCGGUCGAAGCUCUCUUUGUUCGCUUAUCUUCGCCUGGGCGUUCGCCUGAAGACGGAGAUAUUGUUACUGCAGAAACCAUCCAUACCGAUGAAUCCACGUUUAAAGACGGUUCUCCUACUGGGGAGUCUGCCCAAAAAGACGCUACUUCUGGUGAGCCCACCUGGGAGGAAGAUGCUUCCCCCCUUCCUAUCGAAGAGUCUGCCCAUGAAGACGCUCUUCCUGAGGAACCUACUUGGGAGGAAGAUGCUUCCCCUCUUCCUGCCGAAGAAUCUACCCAUGAAGACGCUCUUCCUGAAGAACCCACUUGGGAGGAAGAUGCUUCCCCUCUUCCUGCAGAAGAAUCUGCCCCCGAAGACGCUCCUCCUCUCCCCGAGGAGCUCCCUGUUGAUGAAACUGCAAUCGUAGAGGAUGCCCAUCAAGAUGAACAUCCUUUCACCGGGCUAUAUUUGUCAACAGCUGAAGCGCUACCCAGUGAAGGCCAUCUUGGAGCUGUACAAGCCCACCUAGUUCAGGUUUCAACUAGGGACUUAGCCUUGUAUAAGGGCUGGGGAAAACUUACUUCAGAUAUGAAGGCGAGCAGAGCACAAAAGCUGGCGGUAAAGGGUCUUCCAACCCCGAACGAAGAUGGGUUUGUCUCGAUCUUUGUGACAGGAGCAGGAGCUUAG